AUGACAACAAGUGAAGAACCAAAUCGAUGUUCUAUCUGCGAUAAGACUGCGGCUAAAUGUACCUGUGCAGGAUGUAAAUCAUACUUUUGUGUAAAGCAUUUCAAUGAACAUCGCCAGCAACUAUCGAUGAAGUUCGAUGUUGAUAUAAAAAAUGUUCAAGAAGAAUUACUCACACAAAUCAAUCAACUAGAUAAACCGAUAACUCCUUCAGCUGAGCUUUUAUCCCAAAUUGAUCAAUGGGAAAGUGAAACAAUUGAGAAUGUACAUGAGAGAGCUGUAAAACUUCGACAUCAACUUACCGAACUAGUUAAUCAAGAUAGAAAUCAAUUAAUAAACCAAUAUAAAAUACUAACAAACGAAAUAAACACUCUCAAAGAAGACGAUGAUUUUGCUGAAGAUGAUAUUGAGAGACUUCGAACGACUAUCAAUCAAAUACAAAUAUCAUUAAAACAACUUGUUACGCCGUCGAAAACAAAAUUUAUGUUAGUCGAAAACAAUCAAAUCGAUUGGAAUCAUCUCAUUAAUGUUGAAGAAAAACCAAAACUAUCACCACUCUAUGCGAUGACUAUAAAUCCUAAUGCUAAAUGGAAACCGAAUGGUGAUACAAUAGCUGGUGGUAACGGAGCUGGUACUGCAAUCAAUCAACUGGCACGACCUUCCAGCUUGUAUAUUGAUCAUGAUCGCUCUAUUUAUAUUGCUGAUUCAGAUAAUCAUCGUAUUGUUAAAUGGAAAAAUGGUGCAACACAAGGUGAGAUCGUUGCUGGUGGACACGGUGAAGGAUAUAGAAAUGAGCAUUUGUAUUCACCUACUGAUCUGAUCAUUGACGAUGAACAAGAUAGUCUUAUCAUUUGUGAUUAUAAUAACUUACGAGUAGUUCGAUGGCCACGUCGAAAUGGCAAACAAGGAGAAGUUAUUAUCUCGGAUAUUCGUGGUAUCGGAUUGACUAUGGACAAUAAUGGAUCUAUUUACAUCGCUGAUAAUAAAAAGCAUGAAGUAGUACGAUAUCAACCAGGUGAACGUUGCGGGACCGUUUUAGCAGGUGGGAACGGAAGCGGCAACCGACUUGAUCAGUUGCAAUGUCCACGAUGGUUAUUUGUCGAUCAAAAUCAUUCGGUGUACGUAUCUGACAAUGAAAAUCAUCGUGUAAUGAAGUGGAUCGAAGGCGCACAAGAAGGUAUAGUCGUAGCUGGUGGUCAUGGCCUUGGAAAUAGUCUCGCGCAAUUAUCUCAUCCGUGUGGCAUUGUUGUUGAUGAUGCAGACACUAUUUAUGUAGCAGAUAGUUGGAAUAAUCGAAUCAUGCGUUGGCCAAAAGGAGCCACGCAAGGAAGUGUUGUUAUUGGUGGAAACGGUCGUGGUGAUCAACCCAAUCAGCUCAAUCAACCGACAGGUUUAUCAUUCGACCGACAAGGUAACCUUUACAUCAUCGAUCAAUGCAAUCAUCGAGUACAAAAAUUCCAUCUAGACUCAACUUCAUGUUUUUAAUUGUUGAAUGUAAUUAGAUUUAAAAAAAAACGUUAAUACAGUGCAAACAUGAAGUUGGGCACGAGUUUUUGUUUUGUUUUACUUUGUCGACUUUCACAUUGCGAUCUAAAGAUCUUGAGAGUCGAAAGUCAGGAAAAAAAUUUUGAACUGAACAUGAACGAAGGUAUCGAGGCCAAAGUACUCAGAACUUUUUUCAAAACUUUAACGGAGCAUUCCGUUUGCUCAUAAAUAUCGUCCCAAAAUGACAGAUUUGCAAAAAAAACUAAUUUUUCGAUUUUUCGAUAAUUCAGUGUUCAAUGCAUGAAUUUGUUUGAAAGUAGGUUCUUACGAUUUGAGAGAGUUCUCGUAGCGAUGAAUCGGUUAAUGAUUGAUUUAUGCAUAGAUCAUGAAUCAUAAAGACAGUUAAAUGUUCAAUCAAACUCACGAUAAGUGUCAAUAGAUUCUUCCAAAUUAAGUGAUGAAUUUAACUAUGACUACUUCAAUAGUAUUUUAAAUUUCUAUCAGUAGUUGAGUUGAAAGUGUUUUAUCGCAC